AUAAUGUCAUAUUUAAGAAGUCACAAAUUUAGUGUGAAUCCUAAAGUUUUAAAACAAUAUGUAGAGAAUGAAGUAUUCCCAUCCUUAGGCAUUGAAAAAAAGACAACAAUAUGUAAGAAAACGGCGUGGAAAUGGCUUAGAAAAUUAGGUUGGGAGUGUAAAGAGUGGAGAAAAGAUAUAUAUGUAGAUGGACACGAACAAACAGUUUUUUUGCCAAUGAUAGAGGAAUUGGAUCCUGUUUUUUUUGAAUAUGAUGACCAAGAUCUUACUAAACUAGUAGAAAAGAGCAUUCCCUCUGAAAAAAAGAAACAUUGUGUAAUAACGUAUGACGAGACAACAUUAGCCACAAAUGAUGAUGAAAAAACGGGAUGGGGCCCCAAAGGUGAACAUAAAUUACGUCAAAAAGGACAGGGCAGGUGCAUUCAUGUUAGUAAAUUUUUGUGUGAACCACUGGGCCGAGUUCAUUUAACUGAAGAACAGCAUGCAGCUCACCCCAAAAUUUCAAAAUGUUAUGUUACAGAGUUAUUAGAAAUUGGAGCGAAUUAUGAAG